UUUGAUAAUUUCCAAUUAGUAAUUUUAUUAGUUUCGUUAUGUUAGUCACGAACACAUCACUAAAGCCAUUUUUUUUUCUCUGCGAAAAUUAAGUUUGACGUGAGAGCCUACAAAAUUUUCGAGUGCACUUCAAUAUAGAAAAAAACACUCAAUAACCAUCUACAUGUAACAUGUUCUCAUUGAAUUCUUUAAACACCCAAAACCAGAUUUUAGUUAGUUUUAGCCAAUUAUCUUCAAGAUAUUCAAGUGUUUUUCGACAUCGUAAGCAAAACAGCGGGAAAAAUAAAAAUGUGAGGGGGCAAGAGGGUUCAGUCGCACAUGACGCAAUAGUUUGUCAGGAAAGUCUCGAGGAAACUAUCAGGAACUUUGAUAAGAAUGUCUUAAGUGAGAUGAAAACCAUAGAGUUUCGUACCCUGGCGACUCGGGCGUGUCGUCCGCGGCUGCGAGACCUGGCGUCCGCGCGGAAGGUGUCCCACAUAUCCGCGGACAGCUUCGAGCAGAACAAGAAUGGGUGGCAACAUGUGCCUGCGGUCACUGUGGACUUUACUGGCAAACGCACGAGACUAAACAUACACGAGAACUUCAGCCGCCUGCUACUAGGCGGGGGUACGUUCCAGUUCGCCGUGCAGACGCGCGGGUUCAAGACCGAGCGCGGCAUACACGCCGACCUCAAGCGGAACCCUAACCUCAUUAAUAGGCUACGCCUGAGCGCCCAGGAGCCAGACAAGCAGCAGCAAUGCCCGGAGGUGGCUCCUCGCUUAGACAAGCUGCUCAACGAGGACUCUUCACAUCUCACGCACCAGCAGAAGGACAAGAUCAAGAUCGCCUUCGCUGAGGGGUAUCUUGCAGGUUCCCACCCCGACAACGUCCGCGGCACUAAAGCCUCAAAAUACCUGAAGCUGGUGCAGCAACUCCUCACCAUCGUGCUGUUCCUAGCCAUCUUCGUCAGCCUCAUGGCGUCCGUCAGCGGCACUGUCUUCAGGAUCCAGCUGGGCAACCAGGUGGAGGUUGACCCUGAGGACAUCUCCGUCACCUUCGAGGACGUCAAGGGCGCUGACGAAGCUAAACAGGAGCUUAAGGAUGUUGUGGAAUUCCUAAAGUCUCCAGAAAAGUUCUCGACCCUCGGCGGCAAGUUACCCAAGGGGGUGCUACUGGUGGGCCCCCCCGGCACCGGCAAGACGCUGCUGGCGCGGGCCGUCGCUGGAGAGGCCAGGGUGCCCUUCUUCCACGCUGCAGGACCUGAGUUUGAUGAGAUACUGGUCGGCCAGGGGGCGAGGCGUGUUAGGGAUUUGUUCAAAGCGGCCAAAGAACGUGCUCCGUGCGUGAUAUUCAUAGACGAGAUAGACUCCGUCGGUGCCAAGCGGACCAACAGUGUACUACACCCAUAUGCUAACCAGACAAUAAACCAGCUACUAUCAGAGAUGGACGGCUUCCACCAGAACGAGGGCGUCAUAGUGCUCGGCGCCACCAACCGCCGCGACGACCUGGACCAGGCGCUGCUGCGGCCCGGACGCUUCGACGUUGAGGUAAACGUACCAACCCCAGACUACGGAGGUCGUCGCGAGAUCUUAGAACUGUACCUCGCUCGGGUUCGAGCACAUCCGGAGGUGGACUGCGACGUGCUGGCGAGAGGGACCACUGGCUUCACUGGCGCCGACUUGGAGAAUAUGGUCAAUCAGGCUGCGCUAAAGGCAGCAAUAGACGGCGCUAAGACAGUCACGAUGAAGUACUUAGAAGACGCCCGGGAUAAAGUGCUGAUGGGCCCCGAGCGACGCUCGCGGCUGCCCGACGAGGAAGCUAAUACUAUCACCGCCUACCACGAGGGCGGACAUGCUAUUGUGGCGUACUUCACUAAGGACUCACAUCCACUACACAAGGUGACGAUCAUACCGCGCGGCCCCUCACUUGGACACACCGCAUACAUACCUGCUAAAGAAAGAUACCACGUGACGAAGCAGCAGCUGCUUGCGAUGAUGGACACCAUGAUGGGAGGCCGGGCCGCUGAGGAACUCGUCUUCGGACCUGAGAAGAUCACAUCCGGCGCAUCAUCAGACUUAAAGCAGGCGACGUCAAUAGCAUGUCACAUGGUGCGUGAGUGGGGCAUGAGCGAGAAGGUGGGGCUGCGGACCAUGGAGUCCUCCCGCACCGCGCUGCAGCAGAGCGAGCAGCUCGGCCCCUACACCAACGAGCUGGUGGACGGUGAAAUCAAGAAGAUCCUGUCGGACAGCUACGACCGCGCCAAGGCCAUCCUGCGCAACCACGCCAAGGAGCACAAGGCGCUAGCUGAGGCGCUACUCAAAUACGAAACUCUAGACGCAGACGACAUAAAAGCCAUAAUGAACGGCGAGAAAAUCAAAGUAGAACGUCAUGGGCGGCCCAACAAGGAGCCCUCCCCCAGCUCCGCCCCCUCCGCGCCCUCGGGGGCCGGGCUCCUCGGCAGCCCCCACCCCGCCCCCGCCUAGCCACCCCACAACCCCCACAUGUGCAAAUUGAAAAUUUUGCAGGCACCAUCUGUAAAAGAUUUGAAAAUAAAAAUAAGUAAAACAUGCUAUGAUUAGUCAGAGUUUGAUUGUAGCUAGAUAUUGUAAUUUAUGCCUUCAGGUAAUGAGAAGUGAGACCGUUACAAAAUAGUUGUAAUUUUAAGACGUUCUGUUCAGUCGAGGUAUAACUCAUGUACGAUCUUUAAAUAUGUAUAAAGUAAUUAUGUAAAGAAAAAAGUUCCCAAAACAUUAUUUUUCUGAGUGUAUGAGAUUUUUCAAGUGCUUUAAAUAUGAAUUUGUUAUUAAUUUUGAAGCACUACAUAUGGAUUAAUUAUGUUUUACAAAAUAGUUUCAUCCUUAGACUCUUUUGGCCUUACUACAAAAUCUUAGACACCUGUUGAACACCUAGCUAAAGAAAAUAUGGCUGCAAAACGGGCCUUAUUUUUUUAGACAAGUGUUCAACGGACGUUUAAACGUUUUUGUGGUACGAGGGAUUAAUUUUAAUAAAAACCAAACUAUAACCAGCCGUAUACUUCCCGCCCAUUGGUCAAAUUACUAAUUUUCCGUCAAUUUGUCUUGUCAACUCUAUAACUUGUUGUAAUUUGUGGAGAUGAAAAAUAAACUGUUUUGAUUUGAAAUUGGCGAUCUGACAACUGAAAAUGGUUCGGUUAUAAUUUUAGUUAACUGACCAAUACUAACAGAAAAAUAAAUAAAUAAAAGUGCCAAUGUUAAAGUGAGAUAAAGCUAUAGAAAGUAUAGUAUCAUCACUUUUGCACAAAUUAACUAGACCUUUGCAUCAUUUGUGUUAAUAUCGUCGAAAUCGGUUCAGACGUUUUCGGGUUUCCAUUUCAUUUCUAUUUAAUAUUUAUGUUGAUGUUAUUCUUUAAAAAAUCUUCGCCCAGGCUCUACUCUGCUGACUUUUUGUAAUAUUUCUUACAAAAAUAAUCAUUCCUUAUAAAAUGAUUUGCCAAAAAAAAUUUUUUUUGCUCAUUUCCUUGGUGUAAAAUAAUAGUUACAAAAAUCAGAUUAUUACUUAAAUAAGACUUAAGAAUUAAUAAGUAAGAUAAAAAAAAUAUCCCCAAGAUAAUAUAUGGGUUAUACCUUUAAUAUUAUUUUCCAGUUUUAUUUUUAUUUGAGAAACACGGAAGAAGCAAUAUGAUAAAUAUAUAGUCUAAAUAGAUAUUUUGUGUAUUUGUAAAGAGGAAUAUCAAUAAAAAAUUAAAACUGGUAAA